UUGAAAGAGACCGCGGCCGUGAUUCACCUCACACUACCAGGAACACUUGUUAGUCAGGUUUACAAGCGUGUGCAGGCCUUAGACCGGACCACCCCUCAACCACCCGCCUGCCGGAGCCUCAAAGGGAUGUCGUCUGCGUCACGGACACACAAAUAUUCCCAACUUCCGAGUAUAAACAUAGUUAGUAGUGACGCACUUAGCGCCGGCGCUGCUCUCACCGACACCAUUCACACCCGCGUCACUACAGCUCCGUUCAACCUAUAUGAGCGGGAUCCUGUUGCAAGUAGGUCGUCGUCUAUGCAGUGUUGUGAUCGUGGUCGUGUCGCAAGCGUGUCGUGGAGGUGGAGGCGUGCUCGUGACGUCACAGCCCGCGUCAUACGGCACGCGUGUUGCGUCAGGUGGUCAGGUCACGAUCUCUCACUAAGCCAACAUCCGCCGUUGACCGCGUUCCACUUCACUAACGAAGCGCCGCUUGCAUACUGA